CAACCAGUCGUUUCGUUGACGUAAAGUAUUUGUGAUUUGUCUACAUUUCACAAUUUCAAAGGCACAUUUAGUUAGAUUUAUUUAAGAAUCAAGUGAAUUCCACAAAAAUUAUGGUUUCUCAAGAAUUUCAAGCUGUAGUUCUAGCUGCUGGUCGAGGAACUCGAUUGCCAGAACUUACCGGAGAUUAUCCAAAAUGUCUAUUACCCGUUGGACCAUACCCACUUCUGUGGUAUCCUUUGAAUAUGCUUCAACAACACAACUUUCAAGAGGCCAUUGUAAUUGUUUUGGAACAUCAAAAAUUCGAAAUCCAACAAGCUCUAGAAAAGACCCCAUUGAAAAUGAAACUUGACUUUGCAACAAUUUCUGAGGACAAUGAUUUCGGAACUGCCGAUAGUUUGAGACUUAUUCAUGACAAAAUCAAAUCGGAUUUCAUUGUAAUCUCGUGCGAUGUCAUCACCAACGUUUGUCUAUAUCCACUCAUAAAUAAAUUUCGCCAACACGACGCUUCUGUUGCGGCACUUUUGUUUAAGAGUGGUUUUGAAAACGAUGUUGUCGUUCCUGGACCAAAAAACAAACACAAACCAGAGAGAGAUUUAAUUGGAAUCCACCCGGACUGCAAUCGUUUACUAUUCUUAGCUUCCACUAGUGACUUCGAAGAAGUUAUGGGCGUAAAUGGACAUUUGAUGAGGAAAUAUGGAAAAAUGACGGUUUUCACUAGGCUUGUUGAUUCACAUAUUUAUGUUAUGAAACGAUGGGUUCUCGACUUCUUAAAGAGGAAAGAGAACUUCUCAACUCUGAAAGGUGAAUUUCUUCCAUACAUUAUUAAAAAGCAAAUGUCCAGAACACAGCAAUCCACUCCAAUUGACGCACAAUCAGAAGUCGGCCUUAGCAUGAAACCUGAAGAUGAUAUUUUCCAUUACGUUCCUUGCACCGAUCUCGAGCAACAAAUCAUCAAGACAUCAUUGUUUAAUGAUUCCCGUCUAAAAGAACCCUAUCAAGGUGAUUUGAUAAGAUGUUUUGCUAUUGAAGCACCCAAAGAUACUAUUGGCGUUCGAGUUAACACAACUCUUAGUUACUUUGCUAUGAAUCGAAAGCUUCCAUCUGUUUGGCCACAACUCUUCAAGGACAACAAUACCGUUUCACUUAUCUCACCCACAGCUGUAGUCAAUUCAACUCAAACAAAAGAAAUCGCUGCUUCGGACAAUGCAAAACUCUCAGAGAAAACUUCACUCAGUUCGAGUGUUUUUGGUCCAAAUUGUUUGAUUAAUCCCAAAAAUAUUGUCACCAACUCGAUUAUCAUGGCAAAUGCUGUUGUUGAAGAAGGAUGUAACAUUGAUGGAUCUAUCAUAUGCAACAAAGCUAUAAUUAAGAAAGGGUCGGUUUUGAAGAACUGCAUAAUUGGACCGAAUUUCAUUGUUGAAGAAGGAUCGAAGAAGGAGAAAGCACAUUUAACAAAUGCCGAUGGAUUUAUGGAAAUAGAAUAAAAUAUCAAAUAUCUUGAAAGUGAAAA